GUACUUGGGCCUCACACUGGACGGCCGCUGGUCGUUCGAGGACCACUUCGUGGGGUUGGCCCCCCGGUUGGAGCGGUUAGCGGCGGCAACCAGCCGCCUGAUGCCCAACCUGGGGGGCCGAACGAGAAGGCUCGCCGCCUAUACGCGGGAGCGAUCCGGUCGGUGGCCCUGUACGGGGCACCGGUGUGGGCGGACGAUUUGGCGGUCACCAGCCGGGCGGAACAGGCCGUCCGGCACUUCGAGAGAAGGGUGGCCGCCCGUGUCGCCCGCACGUACCGGACCGUCUCCCAUAGGGCGGCGACGGUCCUGGCCGGCACCCCCCCAAUCGCCCUGCUGGCGCCCGUGUACGCGGACGCGUACGAGCGGGUGCGGCAGGCGCGGGAAAGGGGUGCCCGUUUAACGGCCAGGGCCAAAGAGGUCCUUGGACGACAGGCGAGGCAACAGGCGCUGCUUGCAUGGCAGCGCCAAUUGUCCGACCCGACAAUCCGGUCGGGUCGGCGGGUUGCCGAGGCCGUCCAUCCCUGCCUGGCUGAGUGGCUGGACAGGGAUCGGGGCGGAGUGACGUUCCGCAUGGCUCAGGUGCUCUCCGGACAUGGGUGCUUCGGGGAGUACCUGAGCCGUAUAGGGCGCGAGCGCGGACCACGCUGCCACCACUGCGGCGCGGACCAGGACACGGCGCAGCACACGCUGGAGGAGUGCCCGGCGUGGGCGGAGAGGCGCCGUGUCCUGGUCAAUGAGAUCGGCGGGGAUCUCUCCCUCCCGGCGAUCGUACGCGAGAUCGUUGGGAGCGAGAGGUCCUGGAAGGCUUUCUCCUCCUUCUGCGAGGAAGUCAUCUCGCGGAAGGAGGAAGCGGAAAGGACGCGGCAGGCGGCCGAUCCUGCCCCGCGGCGGGGCGGAAGGGGGGCGAGGGACGUCGGCAGACGGCGGCGGCGACGGCCGCCCAGCUGACCUCGCCGGGGGGGUCAGGUGUAACCCCCCCCCCCCCCUCUAAGAGGAACGAGGCGGCAAGCCUGGAGGAGGGGGACGGGGCCACGCGUACAAGCGGCCCCCUCCCGGGUUAGGAGGCGGGGCCGGCACAGCCUUAAGCUGUGUCGGCGUCUUUUUGGGGGACGGGGGUAUCGGGCGGGUGACAGAGCACCUUUAUC